CCCUGUUGUCGAAUUGUGAUCCCAAUCCGCAAUCUCCCAGAGCAGCGGGUGUUGAAAGCUUAAACCCUGUACUCUCCAGUUUGCUUUUGUCAUGGGCGGUGUUAAAGCUGCACUGGUUGUGCGUUAAUAGGAGUUGCCGAGUUGGGAUGGCACUCCACGCAAAAGACCACUUGAUUUUGUCUCUGAUGUCUAUGGUUUAUAUGGACUAGAGUGAAAACCGUAACGUCUCUUGCGUGGGGCACGUGGGGCUAUUAUGUCCAGCCGCCUGUCAGUGGGCCCCUACUACCUUUUGAAGUGCUUGAUUGGUUAUAAAUUUUGGCCAUACCCAAGUGACCAUGAGUGUCCCCGCUUUGUAGAGAAACUGCAACUUGGUCUCUAGAGCAGUUGAACUUCUUGGUGUGAGUUUUAAAUAGUAUUGCUGUUUCACAUUGCUGCUAUGAAAUGCCUUCGUCUGGUUUCUUUGUCAGAUGAUGUAACUUGUGGGACACCAACUUGGAUUGGUAAGGGCCUCACUUGUGUUUGUUUUAAGCGAAAGGGUGUUUAUGAAAGAAUUUGCAUCAACCUGACUCCCCUACAGGAAGAAAGACUGAGAAGGUUGAAGCACCGGAUGAAGGUUUACUUUGAUUCUUCUAGGCCGGAUCACCAGGAAGCUCUGAAAGCUUUAUGGUCUGCUACAUUUCCUGGUCAGGAACUGCAUGGUUUGAUAUCUGAUCAAUGGAAAGAAAUGGGAUGGCAAGGAAGAGAUCCAUCUACUGAUUUCAGAGGGGCUGGAUUCAUUUCCUUGGAAAACCUGGUAUUCUUUGCAAAGACAUUCUCAACAUCGUUUCAACGUUUAUUGAAGAAACAAGGAGGGAAGCGAUCUUCUUGGGAGUAUCCAUUUGCUGUUGCAGGUGUAAAUAUCACAUUCAUGAUCAUGCAAAUGCUUGACCUUGAGGCCUCAAAACCUAGGACAUUUGUCAGAUCAGUUUUCUUACAAAUGUUGUCAGAAAAUGAAUGGGCAUUUGACUUGCUGUAUUGUGUGGCUUUUGUGGUCAUGGACAAGCAGUGGCUAGAGAGGAAUGCCAAUUAUAUGGAGUUCAACGAUGUAUUGAAAUCCACCAGGGCUCAGCUUGAAAGAGAACUUCUAAUGGAUGAUGUUCUACGGAUUGAAGACAUGCCUUCUUAUUUCCUUCUCAGUUAGCAAGUCAACUGGAACUUCAUUUUCCUGCACGCUUUUAUUUAACUUCAAACUUGUACAUCCCUUUCUCUUUUUCACACACAUACUGGAGUGAAAUCUCAAUUGUUUUUGUAUAGUGUAUACAGCAAAUCCUGGCCCUGCCAUUUAGUUUUAAGCUUUGUAUUCUGAUGGGUGUGGCCCGGCUAAAGAACAAAGACAAUGGUGAGGCAGCAACUUCUUCUUAUUUUCUAAAUUGUGUAUUUCCAUCUGAGAAGAAUGCGGCCUUCAAAGUAAUUUGGAUAAGGAUAUUGAAAUGAAUUGUCAUUACAGA